AUCAGAGAGCUGAUGGUCACUCAGUGGUGAAAAGCAGAUGUUGAUGGAGAGCUGCACGUUGGUGUGAACUUAAAAAUCCUAAAAAAGAGCAGGAAGGUGAAAUUAAACUGAGAAAGUUUCCUCAUCGACUGACAGUGAAGUCGGGAUCCUGAAGACUCAGCACAAUGAGCCGUUCACAGGGCGACACAGAGGGUUCAACAGGUGAAGUUCCUGCCUCCAAACACACAGACUCAAGCAGAGGGUCAAAGGUCACCUCAGAGAGAGUGGCCCUGCUGGUUUUCUGUUCUCUCCUGGCAGCUGCUGCCAUUGUUAUUUACCGACUCUCUUUUGAUAAUUUCCAAAUCAAGAAAAAUCUCCAGACACUGAGAGAAGAGUACGAAGCUGUAAAAAGAAACCUCACAGAGAGAAUCAACACGGUGCAGCCUAUAUGCCCAAAAGAUCCUGAAGUAAAAAUCAAUCAAACAUAUAUGAAGUGUGACAGAGACUGGGAGCAACAUGGAGGAAAGUGCUAUCUUUUCUCCAUCAGUUCUGCAAACUGGGAACAGAGCAGACGUUGGUGCCAACGUGAAGGAGGAGACCUGGUUAAGAUAGACAGCACAGAGGAGCAGAUAUUCCUGGUGAAUAGAGUCAGAGAAAAAAUGAAACAUCUCGAGGACAUGUUCUGGAUUGGACUGACAGACUCAAAGGAAGAGGGCAAAUGGUUUUGGGUGGACGACUCACCACUGAACACAAGUCUGAGCUUCUGGGUCAGCAGGAAGCAAAAGGAGCCGGACAACUGGACAAAGGAGAAUCCUGAUGGAGAGGACUGUGUGAGGAUGGGGAAGGAGAAAGAAGAAAAAGAUAAUUACCUGAAGUCCUGGUGGGAUAAAUCCUGCAAAGCAUCUCAAAGAAGUAUUUGUGAGAAACAUGAGGAAAGUGGACGUUACACUUUAACAUGUGUCUGAAAUCCA